UUAAGGAUAUGAUUAAAAAAAAAAAUUUUUUUGUUAACGUGGUUCCGUCCGAUCCCGUUCAAUCUCAGUCAUUGUCUUGCUCUCGCGUGAUUUCCAGUUUCUCUAAAAUUCCUUGGGAAGAGCUGAGCUGAGUGAAAUUUCACAGUAGUUUCGUAAAGCAUGCCUGUUGAAGUGAAGCCUCGGUUUGUAGUCCUUUAUGGGUCUCAGAAGGGCCAAGCCCAAUCCAUAGCAGAAGGAAUAGCUGAGGAGGCUGAGCAGCAUGGACUGGUUGCAGAUCUCAGCUGCUUGAAUGAAACUACAAAGUACAAUCUGGAGAAGGAGAAUGACCCAGUGGUGUUUAUUGUGUCUACCACUGGAGAUGGGGAACCGCCAGACAAUGCUCUACAAUUUGUAAAGCGCAUCAAGAGGAAGGCCCUCUCCACUGACCACUAUAAACACCUUUGCUAUGCACUGUUAGCUUUAGGAGACACAAAUUAUGCAAAUUUCUGCAACUGUGGGAAGACAAUUGAGCGUCGUCUACAGGAUCUUGGAGCCAAACAAUUCUAUGCGACUGGAUAUGCAGAUGAUGGUGUAGGCUUGGAGGUGGUUGUGGACCCUUGGCUUGAAGGACUGUGGAACGCCAUCAGAGGAGCCUUAUCCAAAAUGGCUUCUGAUAGGACUGCUCACUUAAAAGCAAAUACAGAGGAUUCAGCUGAAGAAACUCCCGAUUCAUCCACACCAGAUGUCCAGAUCAGCCUCUUGAGAAUCACUGACCACCAGAACUGCGAGUCAGUCGGAGCAGCUGUGGAGACGGACUCCAAAUUUGCAUGUGCUGCUUCAUCUGUAGCUUCUGUUGUUUCUGAUCUCAGGCCAGCUUCUCCUGCGGGGAGCAUUGGAUUGGCAUCUCAGUGUCAUGGCACUGCCAGCAUUCCUACAUCAGCACCAAAAACACAGGCCGGGGAUGUUGGAGUUCCCCAUGUUGUACUGGCAGCUUCACUGACGUGCUCCUUGCCACCGCUUUCUGAGUCCUCGCUUAAUGUUCCUGCUCUGCCUCCUCCCUACUUGGAUGUCUCUCUUCAGGAGGCCGACACUAUAGAACAGAUUGUUGGACCAUUGAACAAAGAGACUCUUCAUGAGGUGCCCGUAUCCAAGGCAGUCCAGCUGACCAGAGGAGAUUCUGUCAAAACAGCCAUUCUCCUAGAACUGGACAUAUCUGCUUACCCGAUGAUGACCUAUCAGCCAGGGGAUUCUUUUGAUGUGUUCUGCCCAAACAGAGCUGCAGAGGUGGACAACAUGCUCAGCAGACUGGGCCUCCAAGACCAAAGAAACCAUCUUGUCAACAUUUCUCUCAGAAAGGACACUAAGAAAAAAGGUGCUCAGGUGCCAUCUUACAUCUCGCAGAACAUUUCUCUGCUGUUCCUGCUCACAUGGUGUCUAGAGAUCAGAGGUAUUCCCAAGAAGGCAUUUCUGCGAGCGCUGGUGGAGCAUACGGGGGACAGUGUGCAGAGGAGGAGACUGCAGGAGCUCUGCAGUAAACAAGGUGCCGCAGACUACAACCUUUAUGUGAGAGACCCGAGCCUCAGCAUUUUGGAGCUUCUCACAGCCUUCCCAUCCUGCUCACCUCCACUCAGCCUCCUCAUAGAGCAUUUGCCGAAACUGCAGCCCAGGCCUUAUUCAGCAGCCAGCUCCUGUCUUACGCACUCAGGAAAGCUACAUUUUGCCUUCAACGUGGUAGAGUUCCCAGCAUGCACUGGGCGGCCUGUGGGGAGGCGAGGCUUGUGUACCGGUUGGCUGUUUGACCUCAUCAAUCCUAGCCCUGUUUUCCCUGGGAAGGCUGAAUCCUCCAACAGCCCGGCUCUGCCAAAGAUCCAUGUGAGUCUGAGACCCAACUGCUCCUUUCGGCCUCCCUCUGACCCGUCGGUGCCCUUUAUGAUGGUCGGACCCGGCACCGGAGUCGCUCCAUUCAUCGGCUUUCUCCAGCAAAGAGCGGAGGAGAGGCAGAAGAACCCUGAGGGCGUGUUUGGCGAGACCUGGCUGUUCUUUGGUUGUCGCCACAGAGACCGAGACUACCUGUUCAGGUGCCUUCUCACAGAGUUGGUGUCUCAUUCACAGAGAGAGGAACUCGAGGGUUUUGUGUCCAGCGGUACCCUGAGCCACCUCAAGGUGUGUUUCUCCAGAGAUGACAGGGAAGAUGAGGAGUCCGCUGCAGCACAACCCAGAUACGUCCAACACAAUCUGCUGCUUAAUAGCCAGCACGUCACUGACAUCCUGCUCAGACAGAACGGUUACCUGUAUGUCUGCGGAGAUGCAAAGAACAUGGCUAAAGAUGUGAAUGAGACCCUGUUGGAGAUGAUUAAGACAGAGCUUCAGGUGGACCAACUGGAGGCCAUGAAGAGACUGGCAGGGCUUAGAGAGGAGAAACGCUACUUACAGGACAUCUGGGGUUGACUGUGGAUGACGAGACAAGGGCAUUUUGCAACAUCCGCUGGGCUUUCUUACGUCUUAAGGGGAAAAAAAUGAACUCAGCAUGCUCAGCUAUAACCUCUAGAACCAUAAAAUUGUAGCUCCUGAAGCCUGGAGGUAGUUUACAGCACCCAACGCUACCAAGAUGGAAUGUACCUCACUGACCCGGGGAUAUCGGUUCACUACAUCAUCUUUGGCUUUGCUGUUUGAACAGAAAUGACCUUGGUCAGGGCAGUAGUGCUGGAGAUUGGUCCCGCAGUGUGAAAAUGCUUUUAGUAUAGACAAGCUUUCUCUAUUUGUCCUUUCUCGGGGAAAGGCAUUUACUUCCAUCGGCUGUGAUGGAGUGAUUUUGAUGAGACUGAGCUCCAACCUAGAUGGAAACAACACAGUGCAAUCUGUAGUUCUUAAACAACACACAUGCAGGAAAUUGUUUAUUUUCCAUUCAAGGAGAAAAGAAAUGUGUUUUUUCACAAGUUAGGUUUUUUUGGAAUAUGCCAAACCAAUACUGCCUACUAAAUGCACCACAGUUUGCCUCUGAAGUCAUAAUCAGUCAAAAUUCUUCCAUUAUUUUGUAUAAUUACCAUUUUGAAAAAGUACCUCAGUUCUAAAAUUGACCGAUAUCAUUAUUUUUCUAACCAGAAUACUGCAGCUUUAGUUUCCUUUUUGUCACAUUUAUGGCUUAUGAAAGCAGGUUUUAACGUAAGUAGUCUUAAUAAACAACUGUAUGACAAUUGUAUCAUUUAAGUUCAUGGAGAUCGAGACAACUUUCAGUGAGUUAACAUUACAGUGUGCUAAAAAUCAAGCUCAGAGGGUGAGAAUCUCAGUGAUAACACACAGCCUUGACCAGAGCAAUUUAUCUGACUGACUUGGUUUCCGUCUGCCUCCACAAACCCAGCAGACUGCCACUUUGGAGACAAUGAACUCCCAACUUUUUUAGGUUCUGCAAAACAGAGUAAAAUCUCUCCAAACACCAGCAUCUGUGCUUUCUGUGAUCAACAAUGAAAAGACAUUUCACGGUAUACUGUUGUUUCUUUUUUUUUUCUUCAUUGUCCACACACAAGUGUGUUUGCAGAUGACCUUACACACAUGCAUUUGAAGUGUGUGAAUGAAGGGAGGGGUGACUGAGAGCUUUCUUGGCAUAUUUAAGAUGCAGUGGGAAUUAUUUAGGAGCUAAUGAACUCUGAUUGAUUGGGAGUGAUUGUUUUAUUUAAAUUUAGAGAUAAUUUGAUUGUUGAAGGUGACUUUGGUCAGAAUAUGAAGAUGCUAAUUGAAGCCUUUUCGCAACAGGCUUCUUAGCGCUGCACAGAGCCCCAGAGAGGGGCUUCUCAGAAUUAAAUCUUCUAACAGCAGUCUUUUUAUUUAUCCUCUUGUAGGGAGGGGAGCGAAAAACAUGUUUACAAUCUCUGCUGCCUGAGCCGUAGAUGACACUGCAUUUGCAACGUUUUUGAGCCGAGUAAACAAAACAUUUACUGUCGCAGAAAACAAUUCCUGAUAAUGAAUAAUUGGUUUAAUACAGUGUUGUUGAAAGGUAGAGCUGUCCUUGUGUUUGUCCAGGUGCAGCUGGCUGCACCUCUACAUCCUCAUCUCUCAGUGUCCUGCUGCUUCGCCAAGUCACAGGAACAGAGGAGGACAAAAUCAAAAUAAUGAUGCCGUGUUCGCCUAACAGCAUCACCAAUCUCAUCUCACACUCACUUGCGCACACACACAUGAUCAAUAGCCUCCAUUUGAGGCAAGACUUCCAAUUUUUUUUUUUCUGAGAAAUGGCCAAAACCUGCGUACAAAACUAAGAAGAAAGAAAGUUUAAUCAAAGUGACAAGACUGUGGUCAUUAUUAUUAGUGAUUAAGUGUAGAAGCAUGAAGUACACUUUGAGCACCAUCCUUAUUUACCUACCCUGUUAAUAUACCCUUAUCUCUAUUUAAAAACUACCCUAGUGUGGAUUGAAAGGCUGCCGGCUGCUUGUGUCACCCUGUCCAGAGACCACCCAGGACUGAUGAAGUUUUAAAUUACGUCGUCGUAAUUAAAAAGGUUCACGGGGCAGAUUUGUCCUGCAGCGAGAGUGAAAGACGGAGCUGAGAAGACGGUCAAGAAUAAAUCAGAGUGCUGUGGAGGUCAGUGUGACCGUGGAAUAGUAGCACCUCCAUGAUAGAUGCCCCUUGUUAAGAAUGGCUUAAAUGAAGCAGAAAGAUGUGUGCUGAAGAUAAUGACUGUUAUUAUGGAAGUGUUGAGUGUACCAAGUAGGGAGAUGCACUUUAUGUCAAUGAGCUCAGAGAUUUUGAAACGAAAAAAAACUGCUUAACAUUUGGCUCCGUGGUGCAGAAAGUACAAGUAGUGUUGAUGAGGAGAGUAACUGGAACCUCCCCUACUCUUCCCUCCAUGAGCGCUGCGAGGAUGGUGCCUUAAUUAGGCAAGUGACAGUAUGUCCAAUUCAUUUGGCUUAGCUCUGUGAAUAAUGUGACUGCAGUUGAAACAACAGUGGUAAUUUUAGGAGUAAACAGCAAGUGUUGUCCCUCAUGACAAAACUUUAGAGGAUUCGGUUUUGCAUAGAUACCUGUUUGUGUGCUGCUGAGGAAUGGGAAUAAGCGAGGCAGUUUUUUUUUUUAGUUCAACUACAAAAUGAAAAUUGCCAGGAAUAGCUCAGAAAAUCUGAGCAUCUUUGUCAGAUUUCCAGCAAAGGAUGACAAUUUUAUUUAUCCAUAAAUCCUGUUGCGGAUUCCUGCCUGUAAUUUCUAAUGGAUGGCUGAAGGUUUGAUUUAGUUUCAAAGCUGUGGAGAAUUCUUCCACCAGUCUUCCUGCAUGAGUGCAGGCAGAAGUUCCACCAACUCCUCUUUGACUGUGUUGUAUCAUUAAAAAGAGACACUUUCACUUUG